AUGGAUCUCCUGACGCUAUCUAUCGACGUCGAUAAGUCUUCAGGACACAAGGUGGUUAAUCUGCGGUAUGAGCUUCUUCUGAGCAUCGGGCAGGGCCAGUUCGGCAAGGUCAUUCUUGCGCGAGACAAAAGCGUCGAUCCGGCGAAGUACUAUGCGAUCAAAACGAUCAAUAGAAUCGAUACUUCACGUUUGAUCACGAAAACGUACCUAAGUCAUACCACAAAGAUCAAGCGUGAGAUCCGCAUCAUGAAGCAGUGCGACCAUCCCAACGUCGUCAAGUUGUACCAGGUCAUCGACGAUAUGAAGUUCGAUAAGAUCCUCUUGGUGCUAGAGUAUUGUCAGUAUGGAGAGAUCGACUGGAAGAAAUACAACCAUUAUCACGAAAAGUACUUCAAAGACGCCGGCAAGUCGCUCCCGCUCAAUAAGAUCUUGCGCGAUGUGCUCAAUGGGCUCGAGUACUUGCACACGUUCAAACACAUAAUCCAUAGAGACCUUAAGCCGUCCAACCUCCUAAUAAGCCGCGACCGCACGAUCAAAAUCUCCGACUUUGGCGUGUCGCUCAUUCUAGAAAAUAAUGCCAAUGACGAUAAGGAGCUCGGGAAAACCAUGGGCACGCCUGCGUUCUUUGCGCCCGAACUAUGUCAGUUUGUGAACAAGCGCUUGCUGAUGCUCAACGAUAACGACUUGAUCCAGAGCAAAAUCGACGCUCGCAUUGACAUCUGGUCGUUGGGCGUGAUUCUUUUCUGCUUGUUUUUCCACCAGUUGCCGUUUGAGGGACACAACGAGUUCAGUCUCUUCAAGAACAUCGUCAACGGACCGCUUCGUUUCCCGCGCACAAUCGAAAGCGCAAAGGCUCGCGAGCAGGAUUCAAAGGAGGCCGAGUUGCUAAAAAAUCUAAUCGAAAAGCUCUUGUCUAAGGACCCCAACCAACGACCGACCAUCCAGGAGAUCAAGGCGCACCCGUUCACGACGUUUGGGCUCAGCAGACAAGAAAUCGACAAAUACAACAAAAUCAACCAACAGAUAUUUAAGGCGCAGGGCGGAGUUGAAAUCGAUAACAGUCUCACGGGAAGGCUACGGCGCUUAUUUAUUGGUAAAACUUACGAAAAUGCAUGGGGUGCACCCCCACCACUGGCGUCCGUUCCUCAAGCUGAACUCGAGGUAGAGCAGGACCCAGAAUUAGUUUACAAAGAUCUCGAGAAAGUGGACGAUCUACUAGACUCCUAUCUAGACGAUUCCAGCUCGAUGGGCUCUCUUGAAGAUGAGGUCACAACGCAACCAGUGGAUACGUCAAACUUACUUUCCUCAAUUGACAAAAUGUCCAUUGGAGAAGAGUCUUCAGCCAGCAAGCACCUGGAACUCGUCGUUGGCUCGUUCGACUCCAGACAAGGGUCCUCUAAACCUGAGUCUAGUGAGCCAUACAAACUCGUCGAAUCCGGCUCCAAACGGUCGUUCAAGAGCUCGCUUAGUCCUCGGAAGCAGGACGCCAACUCCAUUAAAAGCGUCAGUCCAACGAAGUUGCGUAGCAAUGCUCUUGGCGGAACAAGAUCCAAGUCCAGUUCGGUUUCCUCGAAGCUCAACGUUCCACCUCCACUACAGCUCAGCGAAUCCAAUUUGUACUCGUCCAAACGAGGCUCGUUCUCGUCAGAUACACGCAAAAAUUCUAGCUCAGGGUUUCACACACCAAUUAGUGGUGGUGCGGCUGUGACCAUUGGCGCUGGGUCUCCUCUGUCCAUCAAGUCGAUGUUCAGUCCGUCAAGGAGGUUCUUCUCCAGACUCAAGAAGGAGAAAAAGCCAACGAUAGGAUCUUUGGCAUCGGUUAAUCACAGCGAAGGGUAUGGCGACUUCGAACCUCCGCCAGGGGUAGGCGGCGUCCCACGAACUACGCUCAGCCGCCGCGGACUGACAACCAGUGUCGACUCUGGCCCAAUCAAGGGAAGAAAGAACUCCAUGAGCUCAAUGGGUCUGAACAUGCUCCUGAAACUCUCCAGCUCCAGCUCAUCUCUCAAUCUACACGCAUACCUAAUGGACGAUAGUGGAGGACUAGCAGGAGCAAGCACACCCACCGGAUCAGCGCAUUCUAGCGAAAGAAUCAACUUUGGCGAGGACGUGUUUGACCGGAAGUUCAUACUGACUACUGUGGGCACGAAUCCCGUUGCUGGCAACACGAGCCUGAGCCUAGACUACCGCCGGAACGAAGCGGAGGCCUUCAGUUUCAACGACACAUAUACACACACAAACACCUCCAGUGACUACAACGAGGAUGCAGAUCGGACCUUCUCCAUGGACGAGUAUCUCGAGCAGCUCUCGGCUCGACGGUGA